UUUCCGGGCUUCUCCUCGGGGAGCUCGUCAACGCGCUGUAUCUGCACGCUCCAUGAUAGCGACGGUGCACGCGAGUCCACGACGCCGAGCCGAUUAUGAUUUGUGAUCGGGACAAGAAAAGCACGAACGACGCGACGACAAUGGACUCGAUGAAGACGGACAUAGAAAAAGAUAUCGCGGAAGUCGAACUCCGUAUGAGACUUCGGAAAUUCGACGAAGAGAACAUUAUCCUGCGGGAAGAGCUCACACGGGCCGAGGAAUUAAUUGCAAAUCUCGAGCGGCAAUGCAAAAAUCUCGAGAAUCAGCUGGAUCGUUACACGAAGAAAUAUCAGCAACUUGAAAGGGAGAAUGACGAGCAGAAAGAUAAAUUAGAUGAGAUGACGAGGAAUGAGAAGAGCUACAUUUCCGCGUAUCAGAAAUCUACAAAGAAAUACGAGAGCUUGUCAAAGCAGUUGGAAGCCGCGGAGAUCGAGAUACAAGCAAUACAACCUCUAAAGGAAGAAAUGGAAAAGAUCAGUAAGGAGAAAAGGGACUGUAUAAAGCAAGUCGCUAGAUUGCAGGAGGAGUUCUGCGAAAAGGAAGAGGAAUGCGAGAAGUUAAAAGUCACGAUAGCUGAAUUGCAAGACACGAACAGCAGUAUGAAGGAAUCAUACGAAUACACCAUUUGUCAUCUGCGCGAGAAGAAUCGUCAACUGGCGGAUGAAAACAUGGAAUUGCAAUCAUGGUCGGCAUUUCAGGGAGAAAGAUCGUCGAUUCCGAUCGCGGAUGGAUGUUAUCCGCAUAGCACACCUUAUAAAUUGGAGCAGAUGUCGCUGGAAAAUUCAUUGUACGCGGAGCUGCAAGCUUCCGGCUUUACAGCCGAAUGCAGUAGCAGGAGCUCGUGCAGGCUAGAAUUGGAGGAAGAACUGGACUAUUAUGAUACCGUGAUCUCCGCGACGUUAGAACAGCUAGACAGAGUGAUAGAAAACUUCACCGCGACAUCGACAGACGGACCCCGGCUCGACUUGCCGCACACGGAAGAUACCGGGAUACGCAAUAUCGAGGCCUUGAAACGCAAAGUGGCUUUCCUGUUGCGCGCGGUGACCGAGAAGAUAACGAGUGGCAGAAGCAGCAAAAAUUCAGGCACGCAGCUUCGAGCCGACUACACAGACUACGCGGCCGGGAGCACGGGACAAUUUGGCAUUACGAGUUUCCGGGCUGGCAUGCUAACACGCGCCUACCAGUGUCUAAAACCGGAUACGAAUCUGCGGUCGACAGCUUCGCAGGACGUGAGCGAUAACGUAGACGACCCAUUUCUGAAAGUUAUACGAGAGAAUGCGAAUGUCGUCUUAGAUCGCAAUAUCAUCGAAGUCAUCGAUCCCCUCGUCGAGGAAUUGGACAGGAUUAUUGAGCAGACCAUCAACUCGCCCGUUGUGUACAAAGAUCUCGCAGCAUCCGGGAAUCCAAGGUACAGGUCGGUAUACACGUUGCCGUCGAAUUCACAAGAGGUUUCUUCGCCGGGCGUGGAGGAAAACGCAAAGCAAGCGUCCAGUUACCAAAGUUCUCGGUGGAAUUCCCUCGAUGACGCUGCGAGCGGCGACGGUCUGACACGGGUGAACAUCUGCGGGAAAUCCGCGGAAUUUAACGAGGCGAGGUCAACUCGUAACGUUCCCGACAUCCGAGAGAGUCCGCCGCACACCGAGGAGACGUCACGUCCGCCGGGCGAAAUGCCGAAGGUAUCGAGUGCCCUGCGAAUGGAUUCAAAAACAUUGGAGGUUACACCGGAGGAAGAAACGAGCACGAAGAACUUACAAGCGCCGGAAGUGACCGUUACGAGCCCUCUCACAAGUCCUCGCAGGAAGUUCUCAGUCUAUUAUCGGUCGUUCGACGUGGUGGAGGUGCGGGAGCCGAACGAGGACGAUCAAGACGCGCCGUGUCUGGAGGUGAGACGGUCGCCGAGCAGUUCUCCCGUACGGGACGGCGAGAAGAAGACCGGCGAUCUCAGGAACGAUCGCACGCAAAACGACGCGCCUAGGUAUCUGUUUAGUCACUCUUACCGCAGCGCGAGGAACGACAGCGAUUCCUCGAACAGCUGCUCGCCCCAGAAGCAAUUCUCGGACGACCCGCCGGACGACGAAGCGAACCCGAUUGUACAACCGGUACCGAGAAAGAUUUACUUAGCGCCCACGCGGCUGAAACUUACGCGAGAAGUCGGGCCAAGCGAAACCGUCGACGCUAAAAACACGAGAGACCGUGCUCCUACCAUCACGAAUUCUUCCGGCUGGGAUGCGUCAAGCUCAUUCUCCACCCUCGUCGACGGCGAUAGAUGCGAGAAGGACGACGAUAUCGCUUCCGUACACUCGUCUUCGACGUUUGUCAUAGACAAAUGCAAAACGUCUGCCCGGGACCUCUCGACGUCGGUUCGCUCGAUUCCGCAUAAUCGAAUCGAUUCAGCGGAGAUCGCAGAUCCAGAGAAUCCCCACUCUGGGACGGCGAGUGUGCGGAGAGACGUCGGCGAUCAACCGACGCGCGUCGAGCCGUCAGUCGACAGCCAAAUGUCGAGUCGCGAGGAUACCUCGGCCGGCGAAGACAGCGAAUGCGAAUCGGCGAAGCCUAGUGACCGUUGCGUCGACGGGAGAGUUACGAUGGGAGCGAGCGAGGCUGACCAGACUGCCAACGCCGCGCUGCCGUUGGUCGGCUCACCGAUGAAGAAGAUGCUAGGCGAGAACGUGGUACAGAGCGAUGGGAAGGCGCGACGGGAAGCGCGCGACAGGAACCUGUUCGAUGCGAAGCAGGAGAGACGACAGCGACGUUUGCUGGUGAGGAGAUCACUUUCAGAGGGUGAAAACGAUAACAACAACGGCCGAACAUUAUGCCGUUGCAGGCGACACGACGGACCCCGAACUGCGCCUCUGAUUCAAACAGAUGAUCAACUCAAAUCCUUCCCGAGUCUCACGAGCGUUCAUCUGCAGGAAUCUGGAAUAGCCAACUUACCGGAUUCGGAGUUCAGUAGCAGGGAAAAUCUGAGCGAAUUCGAGCUGCAGAAGAGAUAUACGGCGUUCUCCCUGUGCCUGUGUACGGACCGACUGACCCUGUCGCGAAGGAUGGAGGUAUCGCUCCGGCAACGUGACCAAUCGGAGAGGAAUCUUGCCUGCGAGGUGCAGAAGAUGCAGCAGGACAUUCAGGAACUUGCGCCACUAUGCACGGACAGGGAAUCCGUGGAGAGGGUGGAGAGGGUCAGGCACCAGCUGGACAUGGUCGCGCGGUGCGCGCACCGAGUGUCCUGCGCGGCCGAGACUCUAGGCGCCAUGCACCAGGAGCAUAGGGUCUCUAGGGCGGUUUUCGUGGCCGAUAGAUACCUGCAGCUGCUGCAGUCCAGGUGCGAGAAGCUGGUCGCCAAUGUCGCCGAGACCAAACAAAUCCUCAUAGAGAACAACAUAGUGAUAGAGGAAAUUUCCGGCGAGCUCGGCGACGAUCUGCCCCGGAUCCGAUACAGGAGCGGUACACCCGCCAAUAAUCGUAUGAUGAUGGCUAGAAGGAGAGCUAGCAUUGCGACAAUGUCUCGACCGAUGGGCAGUACACAGGAUGUGAUAAAGGACACUGUGAGACAACGAAAUUCCGUUUCCGGACGCGUGACUCUGAGGAGGCCGUCUCUCAGCUACGAAACCUCGAAGUGGGAAAACGAGAGGCUGGGCCGCACCGACAGUUCAAGCAGCAUCGGCGAGUUACGGGGUAUUUUCGAGCACGCCGAGUCCCGACGUAGCUCGAGGGAGGAGAACAACAACAUGUUACGGUUAAGCCAAUCCAACAGCCAAAGUAUAAUAAACUGUGCCAUCAUUGACGACGAGAUUGCGACGAGUCCGAAGCAGGAAACUUGUUCCGAGCUCCUCUCCGUCAACGAGGAAGAUCUCGGUCGAGAUUGUAGACCGUGCGCAACAUCGCAACAAUCGCUUCGGCUAAGAGGUAUAGUUACGUCAUGGCGUGUAAUAUUGUGCAGCGUUUUAAUCUUCUUCCUUGGCUUCUACGUGAACCGCGUUGUAUCCGCGGUGAACGCGUGCGGCGUCAGUGACCCGUCAGAUGAAUGGUUGAUCGAGCAAAUUCUCAAGAGAUAUUUUCGGACGAGAAACGUGAUGCCGCAUCCGGCGUGAAUCGUACGAUGUCAUGUGACGGUUUAUAUAGUUUAGCUAAUUGUUAUACUGAUAAGAUGCCGAUAAAAUAAAUAGUAAGACUCAAUGUGUACUGUCACUUAUGUCAAUUAUUUCAAAGUGUGAAAAGGCUGAAUAAAUUUUUAAAUAAUU